AUGCUUUGUUUUCUCGCGACAGUUGAAUUUUUGUGCAGAAAACUUGAAUUUCUUGUGGAUGAGGAUCGUCCUCGCGUUCAGUCAUGGACAAUUAUCUUCCUGGGAAGAUUCUCAAUUGGAAUCUCGACUGCUGUUAUUUUGUGGUAUUUGCUUGUCUACAAACCUUUCGGAGUCUCACAGCCAACAAUAAUUGUCCUUCUGCUUCUUAUCGUUUUAUUUGGAGCGACUUCCGUGGCUCUGAAGAGUGCUAGAUGCAUAUUUUUGCUGAUUUUUCUUCAAUUUCUUGGCAAAGCGGGCAGAAGUGCCAUCAAAACUUUCCUCUUCGGUCUGGUCAUCACUGGACCAAUUGCUAAUAUCUCCAAGAACGUCCUGGAAGUCAAUAGAGUCUUUGGCUGCUCUUCCGAAUUGGCCUACAAUUUAACCAAGACUCACAUUGAUCUCAUGGUUUUCCCCUUUCGCGCUGCCAUUGAUGCACUCCAGAAUGUCUCUCAAGUCAAGGAAUCUUUUGAAAUAGUAAACCAAGUUGUUGAUCCUCUUGUGGAAGAAGUUGAACUCGAAGAAAACUCUUCAGACUCGAUCUCAAGCGAAGAAGAGCACGGCAAAGUAAUUUCUGAAAAUUACUACAAGAAGCUUGAAAGAAGAUGCUUAGAGCAAAUGGAAAAAGGAAGGGAAAACUGCGCAAAUGUAUUUUCCACUGCAAGUGCUGAAUGCAUGGAGAAAUUCCCGGGUUUUCUGGGCGAUAGUCUCUGCUGGAUGCUGGACAUUGAAGCUGUUUGCUCAUCCAAAGAAAAUAGCACUGAAGAUUUGUGUAAGCCUACAGAGAUCCUUGAAGAGUCAUUUGGGAUAAGAUACAUUGGCCUCUUAUCCAAAAGAGAUGAUUUAAUAAGGGAAAUCUGGAGCGUUGAUGUCAAUUACAGCUACAAUGAGUCAAAUGUUAUCGACCAAAUAAGAGAAGUGGAUGAUUACAAGAAUGAAUUGAUAGAUUCCCUGGAUAAGAAGAAAUAUAUCUUGUCUAUCCUGCUGAAUUUGAUGAAUUUCAUCAUUGCCUUCACUUACGUGAAAGUCGUUAUAAAAUCCUGUCUCUAUCUCUACUCUUACUUGAUGGAGGUGGACUUUGAGAACAUCUUCAUAACAUCGGCUUUUAGGGAGAUCGAUCAGAAACGCGCGCACAGAGGUGAAAGGACUCUCCUGCCGCUCAAGAAGAUCGAACGAUCGUCUCUUGUGGAUCCUUAUGAAAAGCGCCGCAUGGAAAAUGACUACAGAGAUCUUAUCUAUCAUCUGCUCAAGUUCCUCCUCGAACUGAUCGCCGUGACGGUUUUCGUGCUCCUCGACUGGCUCUUCGUCACCGCUCUGGAUGUCGUGGCGGCGAAAGGGGAGAUUGACUUCACCCAGUCAGGUGAAGUUGAGGUGGAAGUCAGCGUGACUGGAGAAGGAAUGAUGGCAUCCGUUGUUGCCAAUAUUAUCUCAGGAUUCAGAGUGAAUCGCACUGUUGAUAGUUUCGAGGACAAUGACGAGUGCCUUCCAAAUCCAUCAAGGCUCUUCUUCCUGUGUUAUUUGGAGAUUUAUGGUCUAUUAUUAGCGAUGCUUCUUAUGAUCUAUCACGAAUCCUAUACGAAUCGCAUGCUGUUCCUCAUCUGCGUCUUCUUCUAUCCACUGAGACAGGAGGAAAGGAGUCUUUUCCUUUAUAAUAAAGUCCUGCUGAGCAGAAGAGAUCGAUUUCUGCACAUGAGAAAAACGCUGAGGAAGGAAAUGCGAGAAAAUGUUGAUCAAGACUUUCCUUUCGUGAAAUUAGUCAGUCACUUCAGAAGACUCUUCCCGAGAUCUCGGCGCUGUCUUGUCUGCCGUGAGAAGGAGAGCAAGUUAAGAAGCCGCCAAACUGGAGCUCCUUACCCAGAAUCACGGGCGGAUUUCGUGGAAUGCACUGACAAAAAGUGUGCGGCCGUUUAUUGCGACGAAUGCUGGAGAGACUUGGAGGGUGUCUGUGUUGUUUGUGGUGGCGAAACCGGAAGUUUCAUGUGA